GAGCCUGCCGACUGCCGCGCGCGCCGCUCGAUGACGCCGCUGCGGUUUCUCCAAUCCUGGACAUUUGGGUGAAGUUCUUUUGCUCGGCCGGGUGCUUGCGCUGGAGCGAGCGUGUGUCUCGGGAAAUCCGGACGCCUGCCCUCGUGAAUGUACCUAUGGAUGCACCGGGCGCAGAAGUAGCAAGCGUGCUUAGGGCUGGCGUGAGGAGGUGAGGGGGGCGGCUCAGGGGCCUUGAACGGGGAGAAGCCUGUCACCGGGCCUUGAGUGGAGAUCGCCCGAGGCCAGACAGGAACGUGGAAACUGGACGGCGGACGCCGGGUGUAAUUUAUUGGGGUACUUGCCGUGCUCCUCUCCUGGGGACUGGAGGAGAGCCCUACUGGAGUACAUCACGAGGUCCAGUAUCCUAUUUCCUACAGAGAUAGGUAAAUGCCUUCGGGAAGUCUGCAAGCGAGGUGUAAAAGGUGAACAGCACAAUGUCCGAGAAUUCAUCUGUGAGCCUGGUGGGCAUCACCCCUGUGCAACAGAUGUUGGCAUCUGGGACUGGAGCCCUUUUCACCUCUCUUUUUGUCACACCUUUGGAUGUGGUGAAAAUCCGAUUGCAGGCUCAGAGAACCCCAUUCUCUAAAGUGUUGUCAGUACAGUCUAUGCCCUGGAGCAUUCACCAAUCCAAAUGGAAAUGCUUCCUCUACUGCAAUGGCCUCAUGGACCAUCUCUAUGUUUGUCAGAAUGGAAACAGCUGCACAGCCUGGUAUAAGGCACCCACUCACUUUACUGGCACCCUGGAUGCUUUUGUGAAGAUAAUACGGCACGAGGGAAUUCGAUCUUUGUGGAGUGGCCUGCCACCUACUCUAGUUAUGGCUGUCCCUGCUACUGUGAUCUACUUCACUACUUAUGAUCAACUACGUGAUUUCUUACAUGUUAAGUUGAACAGCCAAGGACACUAUAUCCCACUGAUAGCUGGUGCAAUUGCCAGAUUGGGUGCAGUAACCGUGAUAAGUCCCUUGGAACUCAUCCGAACAAAAAUGCAGUCUCGUCAGCUGAGCUACCAGGAACUGCGUGUCUGCAUCCAGUCUGCGGUGGCCCAGGAUGGAUGGAUGUCUCUUUGGAGGGGUUGGGGCCCAACAGUGUUACGAGAUGUUCCUUUCUCAGCUCUGUAUUGGUAUAACUAUGAACUGAUGAAAGCUCUGCUCUGUAGGCAGUUCUCCCUUGAUGAAGCCACUUUCAUGAUCAGUUUUGCAGCUGGAGCCAUUUCUGGCAUGGUGGCUGCUACCUUAACUUUGCCCUUUGAUGUUGUAAAGACCCAGCGACAGAUUGAGCUAGGAAACAUGGAGUCACUCCAAGUUACCACUUCCAAAUCCUCAUCAACUUGGCUACUUAUGCAAAAGAUUCGGGCAGAAUCUGGCACCCGCGGGCUCUUUACAGGUUUUCUGCCUCGUGUUAUCAAGGUGGCUCCAGCCUGCGCUAUUAUGAUCAGCACGUAUGAAUUUGGCAAGACCUUCUUCCAGAAAAUGAACCAGGAACGGCAGUUAAGCAGUCUAUGAAGUCUAUAGGCAGAGCCUUGGAUGAUAGCCUCCAGAUGGACCAAAGAAACGCUGAUGGCAAGAGAAAGGACAGAUUCUGAUAGAUACGAAAAAGGAAAACCCAGUUUGUGAACUGGGUUAAAUAAAUGUGGAUCCAGCUGUGAAUAAUAUUAAUCAAGGUUGAGAAGAUCACAUAACCAAUAAAUCUCUUGCUUGCUUUCCUUAUAGGACUUCUCACUCAUCAGGCAAAUUCCAGUGCCUUUUAGCUAGCUUCUGGUCUCCUGUCUUCCUGUUUUUUCCUGAUGGACAAUUUGGGGAUUUAAGCCUCUUAGCUACACACACUCUCCUCUUUAGGUACUGUCAAGAUUGGAUGCUAUAACUUUUGGGUGUCAUUUGAAGAGGCAAAGCUCCAGCACAUCUUAAGUUAAAACCAAUUGCAUAGUAUGAUCCUGGAGUGUUGGGAUCAUUGGCCAGCUACAGAAGGAAAAAGUAAGAAAGGGGAGGAAACAGCCUAGCAUUGCCAUUCCCACUGCUUCAUUACUAUUAUUAUUUUUGGUAGGCCUUCAGAGAGUAAACGUUGCAGUAGACAGCAGAUGUUUCCAUCCCUGUCUUAAUUCUCAAAGUGUCUGUUGGCCUGCGUGCUUGUUCUUUCUUCACCUGAUUUUUCCUGUGCAUGAUGAAUAUAGCUGGCUGAAGUUGCAAUCCUACGCUGGACUUUGACAGCUUUGAAUAGAAACACUGGUUUUGAACACUCAGGAUUUUCCCAGCUCUUCCCUUCACAUCACCAUGGACAGCUUGAACUCUGAAAUCUUCAUACUGAGUAGCAUGGAUGAAAAUGAAUUAGACUCUGCUUGGGUUCCCACCCUCUGGUUCAAUAUUUGCUACACUGAAGGAGAACUGAGAAUAGCAGGCCAAGGUUUGCUUUGAUGCCAGAUACCUUAUGUAGCACCUUUAGCCAUUGAUAGUCUUGCCCCUUCUGUGCUGUUAACGUAUGUGCCUGUUGCUUACAUAUUUGUGGAGGGGGAGAAGCUGGGCUUUUAUUUCUUGAAUAAAGUCACCUUUUUUUUUUUUUUAGCAAAACCACAGUAUACAUUAUUUGACUGUUGAUAACGUCUUCCUGUUGAGUUUUUCUUCCCUUGGAUGCCCAUCAGGUACCCUUAUGUUUUAUUAAAAAACCCAAGCCAUUGCUUUUUAGACCUCAGAGAUCUUCUGAACAUGCUGUCAGAAUUCAGGAACAACACUGAAGAGCAUGAUUUUCUGCUGUUAUUGUCUGAAAUCAGAAUGAGAUCCUAAAAAAAAAAAAAAAGACAGAUGAGAAAUUUAAAGAACAAAACACAAUGGUGGAAUUGAUGUAUGAACACAGUAGAGCUACCAAUAGUUUGAAUGGAUAUAAAGGUAUAGUGAAUAGUAUUGGUGCAGAUCAGAUUUAAUGAGAAUACCCUACUUUAUUUCCGGCAUUUAAUUUCUUUUGCUUAAUUUUUCUUAAUACUUUUCUAUGCUUCCUUACCCCAAAAGGAAAUAGCAUGAUGGGUAAGUUAUUUCAAAAAUCAGGGAAUGGUCAUCCAGCCCAGUUCAGUGAUGAUAAAACCUUGUUCCUUGUAGUCCAUAGGACCCAAAAAUGAUACACACACCACCAUGUGGCCCCUGGAACAAAACAAAAAAAAAUCCAUCCCUAGUUUAAGGUCUUACAUAAUAAUCUUUAAUAAUCUUACCUAGUGAGAACUCCCAUGAUUAGAGGAGUGCAUUUGCUUCCUGAAUAAAACAUUGAGUGUUUCUGAUUUUGGCUUUCACUGUGACAGGCUGUUUCAUCAGAUUAGCCCAUGAAUAUAAUUUAUUGUACGAACAAAGACAGGAAACUUUGUCUCAAUGGUUGGGUUUGCAAAACAUGGUAGACUAGGCUAAUUUGGAGUUUGCUUCAGUGUAUUAUGUAAACUCAGCUCUUGUGCCAGUAUGUUGGUUAAACCAGGCCCUAAAUAAGUUCUAAUAUGAUUUGUUUUAUCAUAUGUGAGCGUGAGAAUUGUGCUUUAAUUCAUGGUUAGGCUAUUACGUGCAUGUAGAUCAUACAACGUUUCAAUAUCAGCAGUAAAUCGUUAAGCCUUUAAUAGCUUUGUUUCAGCAAGCUGAAAUACGACCUUCCUUGUCACCACCUCCUUUUAGCUGUUAAAAUUCUGAGCGGGCUCAAAUACAAGAGUUCUGGCACAUGAGGCUAGUAGAUGGAACCUCCGGCAAGACAGGAAUGCCAAGAAAAGCAUAGAACAGCAUUAUUAAUAUAUUAGAAGGUAAAAGAGAAUAAGUGAAUGGAAUAUGUAAAUAAGAUGUGUGAAGAUGUGAAGUAUGUAGUUGAUAAGGAAGAUGUUAUUUUAAAUGUAUCUAACUUUUUGUUGCUUGUAUAGUUCAUAUUUCCAGAUGGCAAAAUCAGAAUCUGAUGGUGGAUUAUUUGGGACAUGGUACAAAACAUCCCUUUUCACUUCUGUAUGACUUCCUCUGCUCUUAAAUGUUUUAAUGACUUCUCCCCUCUGAGUAAGCAGAGCACUACUGCUGGGACAUGGAAAUUUCAGUCCUGGGUUUGAGAGCUAGUGGUGUACGUUGGCUAAGACCAAAAGAUUCCCAACCUGUGGUCCUCAAAAGUACAGAAGAUGGUCCCUAGUAUGAGUUGAAUUUAUUUUAACAGCCAAAGACACCAUGCAUGGGGAAGUCGGAUAUGACAUGGUGACCACAGGUGCUACAUUGCUGCCCUGGCCUAUGUAGAGUUCCUCAAAAGAUUUACAUAAUCUAGUACUGGGAAAUGCUGGGCUGGGGUAAGGCUCUCUUAAAUAUCCUUGGCAGCAAACCUAUUGAGUUUCAUGCAUCCACCAUUGGCUUAUCAAUUGGUCUUGAGCAAUUCCCCAUUCUUCCUUCAGCCAUAUGCAAUUAAUGGCUUAUGAGAAAAUGUAUGGAUGCUAAAAUAGUGUUUGUCUGGUUUAGUCAACCCAGUUUUCUAAGCUCACGUGACACGCUGAAACAUAACUAAGAUGGGCUGGGUCUGCAAUGCUCAUAAGCACAGCCAGUGUAUCUGUCAGCACUCUAAAUAGGAGAAAUGUGAAUUCCCUCACCACCCACACAGACAUACCAAAUGUUUUUAGCUGUGGUUCUGGAAUGUUGACAAUACUGUCAUUAUUGCAAGGUUCUGGGAAGAAGCCCUCCCCUUUGUGUUACAUACAACCACUGAGACGUGUUUACUUGGAGGGAAGAAUGGGAAAACUAAGUGGCUUGUCCCAUUCUUGAUACAGUUGAUUACUGUAGAAGUGGUUAGUGACUGCAGAAUUAAAAGCUGGCCUGAACAUGUUAUCAGAAAAUAAACAUCAGUAAGCAUUGUC